GGAUCUUGCACGGGGGCGUGGGUCCAUUUCAAGGAAGAGGGCUUUUGAGGGAUUCCUUGAGAUCGGUCUGUGCAUUCACACCGUGAUUUCCACUUUCUAACCCUAAACGAAGACGCAGCUCCAACUCCGAGCAGGCAAAAACCAGAGCGAGACAGAGAGACCUUUUGCGAGAGAAGCCCCCCAAAAAACAUGGCAGCAACCGUUGGUUCCAGCGCGUCGGCGACCCAGUACCAAGUGUUCCUGAGUUUCAGAGGCCCCGACACUCGCGACACCUUCACCGACUACCUCUACCGGAUCAUGGUCGGCCAGGGGAUCGUCGCCUACAGAGACAGCGAAGAGCUUCACGCUGGUGAUCGGAUCAACGAUCUCCUGAGAGCGGUCGGCAACUCCAAGAUCUUCGUACCGCUCUUCUCCACAGGCAAUGAUUCGAGCGCUUGGUGCCUCCGCGAGCUCGCUCGAAUGAUGGAGCUCGACGAAGCCAGAAACAGUGAAGCCAUUGAGCACGAUUUGAAACAGGUUGUGCUUAAGCUGAGUGGAAACAAAAGACCUCUUGGCAGCAAAUUUUAAGUUGGGAAGUGGGUCAGACCUCUGGGGUAGACGAUAAGAGUGUCAGACGAAGGAUCACCUCAUG